CACACACACACACACAUCCACACACGUCACAGGAGACAAGACAAGGGCAAGAAGGCCCAAAAUAAAACCCACACGCAACACAGCACAGUAAACAGUAAGCACGCAGAGUAAAUAGGCAGUAACAUCAGCAGCCACGAGCAUGGGCAUGAGUAUAUGCAUAUGCAUAAUAAAAACCUAGAUAGAUAUUUGAUAGAGACUACUACUACUACGGAGGCGACGAAGACCCGCAACGAAAAAGAAACCAGAAAAAAGAAAAUAAAAGAUGAAAAAAGGGAGAUGAAGGAGAAGAAAAAGAAAACGCACGCACAAAUGAACUCCUCGUCCGCGACGCUUUACCACUUACUGCUGCGCCUUACUACCCUGGCUAUCUUUGUGACAGAAGUCGCCAGAAGAAUCACCCGGCCCGCAGCAGCAGCAGUAGCAGCAGCAGAUGAAUAACAUUGCAACUUUUCCUUCAUGCCUUCGCUUCUCCCUUUGAAAUGCCCGCUCCGCCAGCCGGCAAUCUCAUUCGCUUUUUCCUCACUCGCGCUCAUUCUCAUUAUCCAAUCUUCAAAGUCUUGAUUUGUUCA